AUGGGCUUCGGCCAUAUAUGGAGGGGGUGGAUUAAGGAGUGUGUCUGCUCCGCGUUUAUGUCAGUUUUGAUAAAUGGGUCCCCCACUAAGCCUUUCAAGAUGAAAAGGGGACUACGACAAGUAGACCCUUUAUCGCCGUUUCUGUUUGUGCUAGUUGUUGAUAUGCUACAUAGGAUGAUUAGGGAGGCAGUGAGGAAUGGCCGCAUCUAUCUACUUUUGGUUGGAAGGGAUAACAUUGAGCUGUCGCACUUACAGUUUGCAGAUGAUACCAUUCUCUUCUGUCCUACUGAGGAAGAUACUAUCAGGAACUACAAGCGAUUGUUACAUUGCUUUGAGCUGAUGUCGAGGUUGAGUAUCAAUUUUGAGAAGUCUAGCUUCAUUCAGGUUAACAGUGAUCGGCAUUGGUCGCGUAAGAUGUGUCAGUUGCUGGGAUGCAAGGAGGAGUCUCUACCAGUCCGAUAUCUUGGCAUUUCUCUUGGAGCAAACCCAAGGCUUGUAAAGACUUGGAAACCGGUGAUUGAUAAGGUGGAAGACAAGUUAAGUUUGUGGAAAGUAAAGACCCUAAACAAAGCGGGUAAGCUGGUUCUUAUUAAGUCUGUUCUGAAUAGUUUACCUAUCUACUAUCUUAACCUAUACAAGAUGCUGAAGGCGGUAGCGGAGAAGUUGAUCUCACUCCAAAGGCGCUUCUUGUGUAGUAAAGAGAAUGGGAGAAAUGGGAUACCACUAGUAAAAUGGGAAGUGGUGAUGGCUCCAAAAAAGGCAGGUGGUAUGAGAAUUGGAGACGCAGUAAUUCGGAAUACAGUUUUGCUCUUUAAGUGGUGGUGGAGGUUCUCGAAAGAGGAUUGUCCCCUGUGGAAGAAAGUCGUCUGCUCCUGUAAUAACUUGAAUUCGAAUGAGAUGCUGUGUGGUCAGCCUGGAAUGGCAGAACAGUACGGUUCUGGGAGGAUAUCUGGUUACCUCACGGUGUUCUUAAAGAGUUGUUUCCAAGACUUUUCUCGGUCUCAAACCUCAAAGGUGUUGCAGGAAGUGGUUCUCCCGGAGGAAAUAACAAGCUAUAGCUUCACAAGUGCAAUUUGGAAGGGUUUCGUUCCACCAAGGAUCGAGUUAUUCUCUUGGUUUGUGUUGGUGGGGAGGGUGAAUACUAAGGACAGACUGUGUAGACUAGGUGUAAUUAACCCAAAUGAUCGUACAUGUGUCUUAUGUGGUAAGUCUGUGGAGUCUGCUCUUCAUUUGUUUGCUGGUUGUGAGAUUUCCUGGCAGGUGUGGUGUGCUUGGCUAUUUGCUCUUGGAAGGAAAUGGACCAUGCCUGGUACACUCAAACAACACUUUGAAAGCUGGACGAAUACUACAGCAAGAAGAGGUGAGAAGAGGAGGUGGGUGAUUGGCUUCUUUGCUGUUAUCUGGACAGUUUGGCUCGAACGGAAUGAUAGAAUCUUCAGGAAUCAAAGUUCACAUGUGGUAGAUAUUAUUAGUAGAUCUUUCUUGCUCUCCGAUGAGUGGAGUGGUGGUGAAUCUUAUGGUUAUUGA